AUGUCAAGCUCAGAUCAGAGCUCCAAUCCAUGGGCUAGCCCUUCGAGUAGUACAGGCACAGGAACACGAACAAGCUUAUCACCACCCUUUUCAAACCUAUAUACAUCUAUAUCUACGAAGCAAUACCCGGCUCUUCCUCCCAUCUACGAUCGACCGGUCUUCCAGAACCCAGCCGACCGCCAUGCUUUCCACACGUUCUGUGCGCAAACUCAACCGCCAGCUUCGUCCACAUCCCUCCCGAUCCCGGCACAUACGUGGACAGACCUCAUAUCAGACGCGUGUUCGUCCUCACCUGAUAUUAUGAACGCGAUUCUUACACUUGGAUCCAUAUCGCUGGCUCGCGGAGGCGGUGAGCGAAGGGAUGACGGAGCAUAUGUAGCUGUGGGGACACUCAGUCACUACAAGGCGUGGCGUGGGUGGAACCGCGGCCAUUCUAGCGUGGGCGGGAACGGGAACGGGAUAUCGAGACCAGGGGAUUGGGCGGAUCGGGCUGACGCUCGUAAACGAACGCCUCAUGAUAACCCGGCCGUAUCACCCUUGCGGUCAGAAAGUGAUAGUGAUCCCGAGUCUGACUACCGAGAAGGAGAUAUUGGCCGAAGAGCAGCACAAGGCUUGAAAAAGCUCACUGAGUGGGCAUAUACUCGCCAACGCCAGGAGCAAGAGCGUGGACGGCAGGGAUGGGAUGAAACUGGCCAUUUACUGAGGCAUUUAGUCAGGAGUCUGGAGAUGAAGGAUGGGCUGUGCAGGUUACCGCUGAGGGAGAGGGAAAGACCGUUGGAAUGGGAGAUGGAGAGGGGCAGGGAUAGGUAUAGGAGGGAGAGUAGUGGAGAAGAUGUUUAA